GUUAGCUGAAAAUGAGUUGAUGUUUGUCCGUAUUAGGUUGUCAACUACUGCAUUACAAGUGAAGUGUGUAUUGUAGCGUUGAAUUAACAUAAAUUCGUUGUGUGUGCGCGAUGUGACGAGUGGAUGAUAUACAUACAGCGUGUAUGCAGUAUAAGGACGAGUAGAAAUGACAACAUGCAAGUGAUGAGGUUACACAUCCGUGCAAAGCGGAUGUGUAGGAUGCAGCGAGGAGAACACCUUUCUGUUCCUCUUUUGUCCAUUUGUCAGGGUUAUGCCAGCUUCAGCCCAGUUUGAAGAAAAUGGUGAUAAAUCUCUGCCUGCCACAUUUCAUGACCACAGUCCAUUGCGAUAAGCUGUGCGCAGAUGGCUAUGAUGUCACCAAUCUUGUUUCUGCUGACCCGGCUGUCCGCAGAAGAGGCUUUAAGCUGGAGUACUUCCUUCGUCCACCAGUACAGGUGACGCUGAACUUUGGCUUCCAGGUGGAGCUAUGCCGGGUGGAUGUCGAGCUGUGGCCUUGGGGCAUGGACCUAGGACAGGCCUGCAAGAGGGUGGAGGUCAGCACCUGCCCCGACCCGGUACCUCCACCCUCAGCUCCAAGCCAGGGGCAGACUCAAAAGGGGAGCUCUCAGAAAGCAGGUGUGCGGCACUCUGGUGCAGACCAGACCCCAGCCACCCAACAGCAGGGGGAUCGGCGCACUACCUCCCACCCGUCUCACCGAUACUCUUGUGGCCGUCUGGCGGAAGAGUGGAGCGAGCAAGCCCUCGAUGAAUGCCAGGAAAGAAGCCGACCGUACCGGGGUUCCGCUUCGUCCACCGCAACCCAUAAACGUCAAGAUCAUCACCAUCAUCAACAUCAUACCAAUAAUCAUCAUCACCUCCAUCCCCCAGAGCAGGAUUUCAAAAUGGUGGGUCGCACUGAGCUCAGGGAGGAGACCCGGGUCUGCUUCUCCAAUCCGGGGUUCAGGGCCCGGCCCCCCUUCCCGUCCCCGGCCCCCCCGGCGGGCCCCGGGCCCUGCCUGCGGGAGGAGCUGUGGAGCCGGGGGCUGCUGUCGCUGGGCGCGGUCAGGCAGCUCCGCGUGACGCUGCCGUUCGGGGGCUCGGCCUCGGCGCUGGGGCUCAAGGGCCUGGCGGUGUGGGGCCAGCCGGCGCGCUGCUGCCCGGCCGCGGAGGUGGAGCGACUCCGCGGGGCCCAGGAGGCCGGCGAGAGGCCGCCGCCUCGCCCGACGCUCUUCGCCGCCUCGAGCGACGAGACGCCGCCGCCGCUGCCGUUGGCGGCGACAUGCAGCUCCCCCUCCCUGCCGGAGGAGUUCCUCGACCCCCUGACCCAGGAGUUCAUGACCCUGCCGCUGCUGCUCCCCAGCGGGGUGUCUGUGGACCACACCACCUUAGAGGAGUUCCAGAAGAGGGAGGCCACCUGGGGGAGACCCCCUAACGACCCCUUCACCGGGGUGCCCUUCACGGCAACGUCAAAGCCUCUCCCCAAUCCUCACCUGAAAGGUCGCAUUGAUCGCUUCCUCCUCCAGACGGGGGCUGCCUCGAGGGAAGGCGCACUGGGCAGACAGGGGGAGGGGGUGGAGCCUCAGGCCUCGAGACUUUUACCUGCUCAGGUAGAUGGAAAGUCUCAUGACGGUCCUGGUCGGGAAGAGACACUCGACCUCGGUACAGACAACUCCAUUGAUGCUGGAAGGCAUGGUAACGGGAAGAGACUGUUGCAGAUCACGGACAAUGUAUCUGAUGAAGGAAAGGCUGAGCAUGAAAAAGAUGCUUUGAACGCUCAGACUAAAUGGUCAUCAGACGGUGCUUGUGUGUCCCUGGCUGUUCGUAAAGAUAACCACAUGGCUUUCAGUGACAAACUUCCAGCACCUUCGUCAUCAUCACCGCUGAAUAUGUCAGUCAGGUCUGAAUUGGAGCCAAAACCAAAAAGAAAGAGAACCGAUAGCAAUUCCACUCCCAGCAGCUGCUCCCAUGAGGAACGUCUGUCCUCCAGUCUGGAUGAGGCCCUACUAACUGUGCUGCAGGGCCGACCUUCCUUCGCCUCCAAGCCCACCACACACACUUUGCAGAGACCCCACCCUGCCGACGAAGUGCCACCCGAUUCCUCCAAGCACACCCACGGAACAGCUACUGCAGCACCUGUGUUAACCGAUGAGAAGCAGUGUUCAGCUUGUUCCGGAUCCCUCUCCCUAUACUCCUCUUCCUCGCUGGCCGUCUACCGCCUCUCCUGCGGUCACCUGUUGUGCCGCACCUGUCUGCAAGGGAGAUGUAGACCACCGAACCCUGCCAACGCAUCAGCCAAUCCCAGUAUGGUAUCGUGCCCCACAUGCCGACGCCCCACCCCCAGCGGCGAGAUAACACGUGUGCACCACUGACGCAUCAGACCACGCGUCGCGCCGAAGGACGGACACCGCCGUCCGCGUUGGUUGGCGAGGCUGAUCAGAACCUCCUGAGGUCGGAGAUACAAAAGGACGGAUAAACCGCUCUGCACUGGAGGCCUUGUUGGAAUCACUUUUUUUUGUGCAAUGCUGGUCCGAGUGACGUCUGGACUGUUGCAUUUAUGGUGCUAUUUAACAGGGUUGGGGGUUGAUUUAAAGGCACGUGUUACGGCAAUUGACCCCCUGUUUGAUUUAUUAAAAGCCUUUGAAUGAGACCACCAUCCAUUCUGGAAACUAAAUUUAGUUUCCAAUGUAUUCUUGACGCUAGUCGAUGCCAGGCUAAAUUUGUAUCAAUUAAUGCAAUGCAUAAAUUCUUUGAUGGCUUUUUUGACCACGUGUAUCUAUCUUUUUUCCUCUUCCUGUCAAUGUUCCCUAUGACGGUCUAUUGAAAGAAAAUCGUACAUGUGUGACAACUCCAACCAGAACAAAAGCAAGGCGCUAAGAAUAUAAUUCUGUCACAUGAAAGAAAAAUCGUAGUCACCUCCCCACCCUCCCCUUGUUGCCACACCGAGAGUGCAUUUGUGAGCCGGGUUUGCAGCCUUGUGUUGGCCAGUGCUGACAAAGAGCUGAAAAAGUGUUAAGAUGGAACAAAUGUCAGUGACGACGAGCGCCAGGAGAAAUGAAUGAAAACCAGAGGGAGUUUGUGUGGUUACAAGGUUGCUGUAAGGGGGCUUCACUGAAGUCUGACCCCAGCGACAUUGGUUUAGAUGACCUUGUGCUUUGUAUAUUGUUUAUCACACCGGUUUCUCUUUUUUCUCCGAAGAUGUGUCUUUUCUCAGAGGCAGUGUGGACUUAAAAUGGAUCAACGGUUCGAAGCAGACUGCAAUAUCAUUACAAAUAAAUAAACCUAAGUCUAAGAUAUAA